UUUCAGACCAAUUUUAUAGUGGGUUAAAUGUGCGCUAACAUUAGCAGUUUUAAAUUAGUCUUCAUUGACAGUUCAAAACGAAUAGACGUUUAACAUUUUGAGGAUCUACCUACAAUUCCUAAAAUCGCUAUUCACAUUUUGAAGCUGAAGUUCUGUGAGGACUACUUACAUACAUAUUAAUAAUUCCAUUUAAAAACGGAUUAUAGCUACAUAUAUAACACAAAAUAAAUAUUAUUAUUGCAUAUUUGAAAUAUUUAAACUAUAACAAACAACAAAAGUAACGGAAUUUUAUUAAAAAACCGCUACAAGAAAUAUAAAAACAAAAUAAAAGUGUUAAAAUAAACUCAAUAAAAGAAAAUAAAAAACAAAUCAAGUGAAAAACUUAAAUCACAAAAGAAACUCUAAAAAACAAAAGAAAAUUUCAAAAUCAAUAAAUUUGUUUUUGGAAAUUUACAACGUCAUAAAUUGGAAUCUUGUUGAAGUUUAAUUUGUUAAAUUAACUGAACCUUGUGCUUUACUUUACUGGACCUACGGUAUAGCACUCUUUAGUUAGUUUUUCGUGCUGAAUAACUACAACAACCCCAACAAAUAGAAUAAUCAAGCAACCUUUAAGGACUUUGCCAACAACAGCAAGAAAAGAAAAAAGUUUCUGAAUUUCAUAAAAGUCGCCUGAUUUUAAGCUUUUUUUCAAACUGUUGAAAUCCGAGAAUAAGAUUCAUUCUGUACAAACUGUUCACCAAACGCAACAACAUUCAGUCAAUAGCCAAAAUAACGUUAAUUCAUCAUCAUCGCCAUCUCUGCAAAAAUCUGGUAACAAAGGCAAAUCUGCAAAUCGUCGUAAAAAGAGACGCAAUAAACAGCAACGAAAUUCUACGCCAACGCAACAGGAUAUCCAACUGCAACAAAACGAACAAACUGAUCAGAUAGUAGUGGUAGUUAAAGAGACAAACGCAAACAGCAACACAUCUCUAUUGUCAUCGACUACAGCAGCAUUCAACGCAACCAAUUCAAAUUCAAUUAAUUCAAACGACGCAACUAAUCAUCUAAUCAACAAUAUGCCUGCCCGUUUUGCUGAUGAUGUUAUAAAUGAGAGCGCCGACCGUAAUGUCCCCCAUGACCAUCUGCAGGGACGUUUCGGUGCGCGUUCAAGCGGAGCCAUGACUACCAGUGAUAUUGCUAUUACUGGUUUCUCUGGCCGUCUGCCCGAGAGUUCCAACAUCGAUGAGUUCAAGAAGAAUCUCUUCGAAGGUGUGGACAUGGUAAAUGAUGAUCCCAGAAGAUGGGAAAAAGGCUUGUACGGUUUGCCCGAUCGCAUUGGUAAAAUCAAGGAUGAAGAUUUGGAACAUUUCGAUCAGCAAUUCUUUAGUGUACAUCAAAAGCAGGCCGAAUGCAUGGAUCCCCAAAUGAGAAUGCUAUUGGAGUGUACUUACGAGGCUAUUAUUGAUUCCGGUGUUAAUCCCUCGGAAAUCAGAGGUUCACGCACUGGUGUAUACAUUGGUGUUUCGGCUUCGGAAACCGAACAAUAUUGGACUGCCGACCAAGAUCGUGUCAAUGGUUAUGGUUUGACCGGUUGCGCCAGAGCUAUGUUUGCCAAUCGUGUUUCCUAUACUUUUGACUUCAAAGGACCCAGUUACAGUGUUGACACCGCUUGUUCCAGUUCUUUGUAUGCCUUGGAACAGGCCUUCUCCGACAUGCAAGCCGGCAAAUGUGAUUCGGCUGUCGUUGCUGGUUUAGGUGUUAUUUUGAAGCCCACCAUGUCUUUGCAAUUCAAGCGUCUUAACAUGUUGAGUCCCGAUGGUAUGUGCAAAGCAUUCGACGAGUCUGGAAAUGGCUAUGUUAGAUCCGAUGGUUGUGUGGUCAUCUUUUUGCAAAAGACCAGCCAAUCCAAGCGUGUUUAUGCCACCGUCUUGAAUGUUCGUACCAACACUGACGGUUACAAGGAAAUGGGCAUUACUUAUCCCGAUGGCAAAAUGCAAAACCGUUUGAUUAGAGAAACCUAUGAAGAAAUCAACUUGGAUCCCAACGAUGUGGUCUAUGUUGAAGCUCACGGCACUGGUACUAAAGUAGGCGACCCUCAAGAAGUCAACUCUAUAACUGAUUUCUUCUGCAAGAAUCGUCAAACUCCUUUGCUCAUUGGCUCAGUCAAGUCCAAUAUGGGUCACUCCGAACCCGCUUCUGGUGUUUGUUCGAUUGCCAAGGUAUUGAUUGCCAUGGAAGAAGGUGUUAUUCCCGCCAAUUUGCAUUACCAAAGUCCCAAUCCUGAUCUAUACGGUUUAAUGGAUGGCCGCUUGAAGGUGGUUGACAAGAAUCUUCCCUGGGAAGGUGGUAUUGUUGGUAUCAACUCAUUCGGUUUUGGCGGUGCCAAUGCCCACGUUAUUCUGAAGUCCAAUCCUAAGCCCAAGGCUAUUACUCCUACUGUAGGACCACCAAAAAUGGUCGUUUGUUCCGGUCGUACUUUCGAUGCUGUCCAAGAGCUGUUGGAAGAUGCUACAGCCCACAGAGAUGAUGAUGAAUACUUGGCUUUGAUCAACGACAUCCACUCCAAGAACAUCCCUCUCCACUACUACCGUGGCUAUUGCGUUAUGGACACCAAGGGUUCGUUGCAACGUGAGGUCGUUGAAUUCAAUGAUGAGAAUCGUCCCGUUUGGUAUAUUUACUCCGGCAUGGGCAGUCAAUGGGCCAGUAUGGCUAAGGAUCUAAUGCAUUUUGAAGUUUUUGCCAACUCUAUCCACAGAUGUGCUGAGGCUUUAAGACCAGAAGGCAUUGAUUUGGUCGAUGUUUUAACCAGAUCCACCGAACAAAGUUUCGACAACAUUUUGAACUCCUUCAUUUCGAUCGCUGCUAUGCAAAUUGCUUUGACCGAUCUUCUAACUUCGCUCAAUAUCAAACCUGAUGGCAUUGUGGGCCAUUCCGUAGGUGAAUUAGGUUGUGCUUAUGCCGAUGGCUGCUUUACACCCGAACAAACUGUGUUGGCUGCUUACUGGAGAGGCAAAAGCAUUCAAGAUACCAAAUUGCCCCCCGGCAAAAUGGCUGCUAUUGGUUUAGACUGGGAAGAAGCACACAAACGUAUGCCCGCUGAUUGUUUCCCUGUUUGCCACAACAGUGGCGAUAACUGCACCAUUUCUGGCCCAGAAGCAUCGAUUGACGCUUUGGUUGCCCAACUCUCCUCAGAAGGUAUCUUUGCUAAGGCCGUCAAAUCAUCUGGUUACGCUUUCCACAGCAAAUAUAUCGCUGAUGCUGGACCAAAAUUGCGCAAGAGCUUGGAGAAAAUCAUUCCCAAUGCCAAGAACCGUACAAGCAGAUGGAUUAGUACCAGUAUUCCCGAAUCCGCAUGGAAUACACCUGUAGCUAAACAAUCUUCGGCUGCUUAUCACGUGAACAAUUUACUUUCGCCAGUUUUGUUCUACGAGGCUUUACAACAUAUCCCCCAGAACGCUAUUGCUAUUGAGAUUGCUCCCACCGGUUUAUUGCAAGCCAUUCUCAAGAGAGCUUUGGGCCCCGAAGCCACCAAUGUCAGUUUGGUGAAACGCGGCCAUGAGAACAAUGUUGAAUUUUUGUUGAUGAACAUUGGUAAAAUUUAUGCUGCCGGUUCCCAACCUCAGGUAUUGACUAUGUUCAAACCAAUUUCAUAUCCCGUGGGCCGUGGUACCCCUAUGUUGAAUUCCAAGGUCGGCUGGGAUCAUUCGCAAAAAUGGAUUGUUCCCAAAUAUGGCAAAGAAACAACUUCGGGCGAAACUAUCAUCGAAAUCAAUUUGGGCAAAGAAGACGACACCUUCUUGGCUGGACACACCAUUGAUGGUAGAAUUUUAUUCCCAGCUACUGGUUACAUGACCUUGGCCUGGAUGACCUUUGCCAAGAUGAAGGGCAUGGAAUUUGAAAAGUGCCCCGUUGUUAUGGAAAAUAUCGUAUUCCACAGAGCUACCAUCCUAAACAAGGAAGGUGUGGUCAAAUUCGGUCUUAACUUCUUCGAUGGCACCGGCAACUUUGAAAUCUGCGAGGGUGGCAGUUUAGCUGUUUCCGGUAAAAUUUCCAUUCCCGAAGACAUUGAAAGAGAAGAAUUGCCAUUGGACGGUUUGACAGCCAGUACUUUGGGCAAAGAAUUGAACACUAAUGACGUCUACAAGGAGUUGAGACUUCGUGGCUACGAUUACUCCGGCAUUUUCAGAGGCAUUGUUAAAUCCGAUACCGUGGCCAAUGCCGGCCAAUUGCAAUGGGUAGGCAACUGGAUCAGUUUUAUGGAUACUAUGCUGCAAUUCAGUAUCUUAAGCAAGAACUUGAGAGAAUUGUACUUGCCUACUCGUAUUGAGAAGGCCGUUCUUAACCCAACUAAACAUUUGGAGGAAAUGUCGAAAAUGUCUGCAGAAUAUCUAACACAGAACGGUGUACCCGUUUAUAUGUAUGGCGAUAUUAAUGUCAUCAAGAGUGGUGGUGUCGAGAUGAGAGGAUUGAAAGCCUCAUUGGCCUCAAAGAGACCUGGCACCCAAAAUCCCCCUACCUUGGAACGUUACACUUUCGUACCCAACGUCAACCAUGCUGAAUUACAUGAAAACUCCGAAAAAUCCCGCUUGCAAGCCUUGACAGUGGCUCUCCACACAAUCAUUGAAAACUCGCAGGGCGCCAUCAAAAUCAAGGGUGUUGAAUUGGCUAAUGGCCGCAAUCCUGAUGUCCUCAUGGCUGCAAAAUUGCUACAAAUCAUUGAAGGAGAACCCACUAUUACCGCUGAUAUCGCUGUUGCAACUUAUAACAACAACGAGGAGACUAUUGCCUCAACUUUAGGUGCCGAAUCGGGUGUACGCAUUAUAUCCAAAAAUAUUCUUGAAGAACCGGUAGAGCAGAACUGUCAUUUCCUUUAUGCUUUGGAUGUUUUGUCGAGACCUGAUACUAUGAUUUUGGAAAACAGCAAGGCCACCAUUAAAGAUAAUGGUUUCCUCAUCUUUGAAGAGUCUACCACAUCAUACAACAAGUCUGGUCGUGCAUUGUUGAACAAGUCCGGUUUAACCGUUGUGACUGAGCAAGUUAUUGGAGGCUCCCAUAUUUUGGUAAUGGCACGCAAACCUGUUGACUUGAAGCUACGUGAAGCUGUCGUAGUCCAAGUCACCGAAACCAACUUCAACUGGUUGGAUGACCUUAAAGAAGCUUUGGCUAAGGCUGCCGAAAUUGAACGUUACGUCUAUGUUGUUUGCCAAGGAGAAGAACUAUUCGGUGCUAUUGGUUUUAUGAACUGUAUUAAAAAUGAAAAUGGUGGAAAAUUGGCACGCUUGGUCUUUAUUCAAGAUAAGAACGCUGAAAAAUUCUCGCUCACCAGUAAAUUGUAUGCAGAACAAUUGUCCAAGGAUCUUAUUACCAACGUUUUGAAGAACUCCACCUUUGGCACUUUCCGUCACUUGAAGUUGGAGACUGAUGUGGCCACUUUGCAAGUUGAGCAUGCUUAUGUCAAUGCUCUAACAAAGGGUGAUCUUGCUUCGCUGAAAUGGAUUGAAGCCCCCCAGAUUAACGCUGGCUUGUUGGAUGACAAAUCGGAAUUGUGCACUGUUUACUAUGCUCCCAUUAACUUCCGUGACGUCAUGUUGUCCUCAGGCAAACUUUCAGCCGAUGCUUUGCCCGGUGAUUUGGCCCAACAGGACUGUGUCUUGGGUUUGGAGUUUGCUGGUCGCGAUUCUAAGGGUCGCAGAAUUAUGGCUAUGGUGCCCGCCAAAUCUAUGGCUACCACCUGCGUGGCCUCCAAGAAUAUGAUGUGGGAGAUACCCGACAACUGGACUAUGGAAGAAGCCUCAACUGUACCCUGUGUUUAUGCCACCGUCUACUACGCUUUGUUGGUGCGCGGUCAAAUGAAGAAGGGAGAAAAGAUCUUGAUUCACGCCGGUUCUGGUGGUGUGGGUCAAUCGGCCAUUUCCAUUGCCUUGCAUCAUGGCUUGACUGUCUUCACCACCGUUGGCAGCAAGGAAAAGAGAGAAUUCUUGAAGAAACGUUUCCCUCAACUCAAGGACAGCCAUAUUGGCAACUCUCGUGACUGCUCAUUCGAGCAAAUGAUUAUGCGUGAAACCCAAGGCCGCGGUGUAGAUUUGGUCUUGAACUCUUUGGCCGAAGAAAAACUUCAAGCUUCCGUACGCUGCUUGGGCUUGAAUGGCCGUUUCCUUGAAAUCGGAAAAUUCGAUUUGAGCAACAACUCGCCUUUGGGCAUGUCCGUGUUCCUCAAGAACACCUCAUUCCAUGGUAUUCUUUUGGACAGUGUCAUGGAAGGUGAAGAGGCCAUGCAAAACCAAGUUGUAAACUUGGUGGCUGAAGGCAUCAAGUCAGGCGCCGUCAGACCUUUGCCCACUUCAGUUUUCAACGAACAUCAAGUUGAGUCCGCUUUCCGUUUCAUGGCUUCCGGCAAACACAUCGGCAAAGUUGUCGUCAAGGUCAGAGAUGAAGAGGAUGGUCGUAAAACGGUAAAACCCACAGCUCGUUUGGUUAAUGCCAUACCUCGUACCUACAUGCAUCCCGAAAAGAGCUACAUCAUCGUUGGUGGUUUGGGCGGUUUUGGUCUCGAACUUACCAACUGGUUGGUUACCAGAGGAGCCAAAUAUCUAGUACUCACCUCCAGAUCCGGCGUUAAGACUGGCUAUCAAUCCCUUAUGAUCAGAAGAUGGCAACAGCGAGGUGUCAAGGUGUUGGUAGACACCAGCGAUGUAACCAGUGCCAAGGGCUGCCAACAACUGCUAGAAAAUGCCAACAAAUUGGCUUUAGUAGGCGGUAUUUUCAAUUUGGCUGCUGUACUUAGAGAUGCCCUGCUCGAAGAUCAAACCGUUAAAGAUUUCGAAACUGUCUGCGAAUCAAAGGUACAAGGCACCAAAUACUUGGAUCAAUUCUCCAGAGCCAUGUGCUCCGAACUCGAUUACUUUGUCUGCUUCUCAAGUGUGUCUUGCGGUCGUGGUAAUAUUGGUCAAACUAAUUACGGUCUGGCCAACUCUGCCAUGGAGCGUAUCUGUGAAUUGAGACAGGCCAGCGGAUUCCCUGGCUUGGCCAUACAAUGGGGUGCUAUUGGUGACACUGGUUUGGUUAUUGAAAAUCUGGGCGACAACGAUACAGUUAUUGGAGGAACUUUGCCACAAAGAAUGACCUCAUGCCUACAAACUAUUGACUUCUUCCUGCAACAGCCCCACCCUGUCUUGGCUUCUAUGGUAGUGGCCGAGAAACGCAAAUCCGACCAAGCCGGAGGUGUCAGUUUAAUUGCCUGUGUUGCCAACAUUUUGGGCUUAAGAGACACCAAGAAUGUACAAGAUUCAGCUUCUUUGGCUGAUUUGGGUAUGGAUUCCCUAAUGGGCGCCGAAAUCAAACAAACCUUGGAGCGUAACUUUGACAUUGUAAUGUCUCCCCAAGAAAUCAGACAGUUGACAUUCGGUCAAUUGAAACAACUUAGUGGUGGUGUCGAAGGCAACGAAGCUGCCGCCUCUCCUGCAUCUCCAGUCCACAGAACACCCAGCCCAAGUCCAUUUGGUGAUGGCACCCAGGUGGUAUUCACCACAGAACUUAUGCCCACUCAAGCUAUCGUACGCCUACAAUCUGCUGCUCCUGCCGACUCCAAGAAACGUCCUCUCUUCGUGGUCUCCCCCAUAGAAGGUUUUGCCGAUGCUCUUAAACAAUUGGCCUCCCGUUUGGAUUGUCCCGUCUACGGUCUACAGUGUACUGCUGAAGCCAAUCUCGAUUCCAUCGACACCUUGGCCGAUUUCUAUUUGCAACAAAUACGCACUGUCCAACCUAAGGGUCCCUAUGCCAUUGCCGGCUACUCGUUCGGUGCUCUAGUGGCCUUCGUCAUGGUGCUCCACUUGGAGAACCUCAAGGAAAAGGCCCGUCUAGUUAUGUUAGACGGUGCCCCCAAGUAUGUCAACUGGUAUACCACCAGCUUUAAGCAACGCUUGAAUACUUCCGAUGAUCAAAAUGAAGCCUACGGUUUGGCCUACUUCGGUAUGGUUGUGGCCAAUAUCGAUUACAGUUUGGUAGCCAAGGUGUUGCUGAAUAUACCAACAUGGGAGACCAAGGUAGCUAAAUGUGCGGAAAUCGUUGCUGCCGAAAUUAACCAGCCAACAGAUUUGAUUGUACAAGCUGCUACAUCAUUCUACAAGAAGUUGCUGGCUGCCGAUAAAUACGUACCCUCCACCAAAGUGUCGUGCGAUGUUACUCUAGUCAAACCCACUGAAAACUAUGCCAAAUUAGAAAAAGACUAUGGUCUUAAUGAGGUCUGUCAGAAAUCUGUGAAUGUUUUGACCGUUGAAGGCAACCAUCGUACGUUCUUGGUGGAAGAAAAGUCAUUGCAAAAGAUAGAGAGCAUAUUGAAUAAUAUCAUCAAUUAAAAUUAAAUCCACACAACAACACAAACAGCCAACAAAACUGAGAAAAUUUCUAUUUUCGAAAUUUUUCUUUAACCUCAAACUUAACAUUAAUUUUCAUUAAGAAAACAAACAAACGCACAUUUCAUGUCAUGUCAUUUCAUACAUUUAUUCAUUCAUUUAAGGCAUAAACCAAAUUUUAGAAUAUGUAUUUGCAUUCCACACAUAAUAAUUAUGGGUUAAAUUGCAAAUUGUUAACAAAAUUAAAAAAAAGAAAAACAUCACAUACAUAUGUAUAAUUAUAAUAUUGUUAAAGGAAUCGUUCGUUUUAUCACACCAGCAAACAACUACAAAAAUGCACAUUAAAUGUUCAUUUUUUUAUAUAGUUUUCUUUUGCACUUAACAAAAAUCUUACUUAGUUUAGUAGUCUACCUCUUUCUAAACGUUUUGUAACUUGUUAUCUACACCAUUGAUGAGUGCUUGUUUAGGUUGUGCUUUUCAUGUAGGUCCAACUUUUGAUUACAACUUAAACGACCAUUCAUCGGUGGUAUCUUUAAAAAGAUAUCGUUUAUAUUUCAUUAAUUUGUUAAUAUACCGCUUUCUUGGUAUAUUAUAACACAUUUACAAACACAUUCCUUAAACAAUCUAACCACCAACCAAACAAAUAAUCUACUAUACGUUUAAUAAUUAUAAGUUUUUUUAUAAUCUACCAAAUAAUUUAAAUUUAAUAUCGUUUUGUGAUUACUUUUAGUUGAUUUUUUUUUUAUAUUUUUAUAGUUUCUCAAAAAUCCUUACUAAUUUUAAGUUGUUCUAUUUCUUUUUUUGAUUCGUAUAAUAUUAUAUUUUCCACAUUUUUGAUAAUUUAAUAAAAAUUUAAAACAAAUUUCAACGUAAAAAUAAAAUAAAAAAAAAUAACAUAAUAAAUGUAUGUAUAUUUAGAUAUUUUGCACUAAACAUUUUUAAAUUGAUAUUAUUAUUAUUAUAUAUUGUGAAAAUUAUUCAAAUAAGUGGAUAUAUAACUAUAUACGUUUAUGUAUGUAAAGAAAUAAUAUUCAAAAAUGAAUUUAUUAACAAAACAAAAAGAAACAAAACAAAGAAUUAAUUAUAAAUGUAUACUAUAUAUUUAUAGAAAUAAAAAUAAAGGAAAUUUAAAAAAAAAA